AUGGUUGAAAUUCAAAAUACAGGUUCAGAUCCAUUAACUGUCUACGAUGUAUGGUCUGCAUCACGAGAUUUCUUGGUUCCAAAGAUGGAAGGAAUAACAGUGGCCCCUUCUUCCCAUAAAAAUGCCACAAUUUAUUUUACUCCUUCAGAAGAAGGUUGUUUUUCAACUCCGAUCUUCUUUUCGACCAAUAAAGGAGAGAUACCAUACACUGUUACACAUUGUUCUCACUACGCAACAAAGGAUUUCCACAUAAAUACUUUAAGAUAUAUGACUAACACUAACUGUUCAUUUUCCGUGAAGAUACCACCACAACUUAAAAUGUCAUUACAAAAGAAACUAUCGAUAGGCGUCAAUUUCGAUGGAAAUCUCUUUUCAUUAGAUCAAAUUGAUUAUGACAUAAACAGAGUCUUCCUAGACAUCAAAUAUAAUAUCAAACCAGGGUAUUAUUUAACUUUCGUUCACAUGGAAACCCAGUUUUCCAUGGCAACAGUUCCAUUAUUCAUUUCAUUGUCACAAAGGUUCCUCCAGCCACUCCAACCAGUCAUAACCGUACCUCUCUUGACAAAACCAAACGAAACAAUGUACGUAGACGUGGUUUUGGUCAAUCCUACCGCAGGAAAUUUCGCAUUAAUCUCAAGUUCACUUUACAAAGAGUCCUCGACCAUAAAAUUUGAGAGUCUGCCUCCCCCUCUCGUAUUUCCGAGGCAUUGUAAGACAGUUAUCGGAAGAUUGAAAAUAACUGGGGAUACGGAAGGCCAAUUCGACACGAGCUUAGUUGUAACAUACGAAGGAAUAAAUCCUCCUGUAUCCCAGACCAUAGAUAUCCCUAUAAAAGCGAGUGUUUUGUAUGGAUAUCUAAAACCAAGCGAAGAAGAGAUUUUCAUAUCAAAGGCAUCACAAGAAACACAUACUUUUAGGUUUAUUAAUAUGUUUAAGCAGCCAGUUUUCAUUCUGGAAGCUUAUGUAAACUCAACUUUGUUUUCUGUGAAGCCUUUGCUAGUAAACCUUGUAGAUCCUGACGACGAAUCGCCAAAUGUUGUAAUAAACCUGCCGAAAAUUACAACUGAUAAGAAGAUUCACGCGAAAUUGAUUGUUCAGACGAAUGCAACGACAUUGACGGUUCCUAUCAUAGUUUUUCCUGGUAAUGUUUAUAUAUUUGAGUCACACCACCUAGGUCCGACCCGUACAAAUACGAUGAAUUUCUAUUCAGGAAAUGUUUUGUGCGGAACAUCGACGAACUACUCACUUUUCGUGUUCAAUGACAAUCCAGAUAAUUUCAAGAUCCGAAAAGUCGAAUGUACACCAGGAAUUUCGUUGAACAAAAACGUAAUGAGCUUGAAUAAGAUCAAAUGGCAAGAUUUCGUAUGCAAAAAAUUUUCAGUAGCAAAAUUUAACUUCUUUGUAACAUUUAACCAAGUAUCGUCUUCAAAACCAAGACAGGAUACGAUAACUUUUAUCGGCGAAUCCUCUCAAUUUAGUGUCACUUUUUUGUGGAAUCCUGUUUCGGGAAAUUUUGAGUUAGAAUGUCAAUUUGACAAGAACGUCAUAGUUGGUAGGCAUUAUGAAGGUACUAUGUAUGUCUCUAUAUCAUAUCCGAAGUACGUAAAGAUCUUUGGAGUUGAUUCUUUCCAUCCAUGUGUAAAUGUUUCCUCUGCGAACCCAUUUAUCAAACCAGAGGUGAUGAUGGGCAAUAUGCAGUUCCUUGCCAACUUUUCUUUCGAUGCAGAUUCGAAUUUUGUCAAAAAUUAUAAUAAUUUUAUUCAUUUAUUAGACCAAGACAGUCCAUUCUACGAAGAUUUAUCCAAGUUUGACUUCGAUAUGAUGAACUUCUCCUUCUGCAAGCUCUAUAUGUUCAUUUAUUUGAAGAAUAACUUUUUCAUUUCGAUUCCUACUUGUUUUAGCAUGCAAAAGAUGCGAAUGCAUGAUAGAGACUACAAUUUUGGCAUCAUCCCCGCUAAUGUUGUCUCAAAUUACUCAAGAACUAUCAAUAAUAUUCUUGAUCUUCCAAUUGAGUUCACUUUUAAUGAGAUUCCAGACCUUCCUGAUGAUGUUUCUAUUACAACAGAUGGUACAGUUGUUGUUCCAAGCAUGGGAAGUGCUCAAUUUAACUUUCAUUUGAUGAAAAAGACGAAAGGAUUCAUAGAUAUCUAUCUUCCUGUUUCUUCCAAUGCUACUGAGUCCUUAUCCUUGCAUUUCAUCGCUGAAGUCGUUGAGCCAAAGUUUGAUUUAGUUAAUGAAAAAGGAAAUGUCAUUUCUACGCUUGAAUUCAACAGAUCAGAUGAUAGAAGAUACAUAGGAAGGAUGUGGUUCCAAUAUUACUAUGUAAGAAACUUCGGAAAAACAGAAAUUUCUUUGAAAUUAAACAAAAUUUCGAAUCCGAACUUAAAAAAUCAUCCUUACAUAGUUUCUGACCUCAAUUGUGAACUGCUAAGACCAGGAAUGCAAUAUCCGUUCAUUGUUGGAGUGAAUUUGAUGAGAAUUCCGAAAAGAAAAUUAGAUUUGAACGUAAAUAUAUCAGUGAACAACAUUGAUUACACAAUACCCAUGAAAGUUGUUGUUUCUGAGUCUUCUGCUGCUUUGUUAAGCUUUUUGAGGAAGAUUUUAAUUAUAAUUUUCGCAACUCUCGGAUUGUACUCUCCAUUCAUGUCUUUUGUUGAGUUCUUCAAGGUCAGAAGGAGAUUCUUGAAGAUUGUCAACUCAAAGAAGAAAUCAAAAGAUCAAGAAGUUUAUUCUCUUUCUCUGUCAGUCAAAAUAAACGUGGAAACACAGUUUGAGUUCAUUAAAGAAGAAGUCGACGUCGGAGGUCGAUUUGUUAUUGUAGAUCCUCCUGUUCCUGAGUCUUUGAUCGAUAAAAGGUCAAUUGCAACACUCGAGAAACUUCUAACAUCAUAA